AUGGUCUUGACGAACCGAACGUGUCCGGCCGAGAAUACGUCGGCGUUGGAACAGAGUGAUUUCUGGGAUGGACGGUGCGUUCGUGGCCAUCUGAAUCAGUCGUCGAGGCGUGUCGACGCAUCUCCGAGCGUUCGCCGAGUCCCGACCGAAACGUUUGCCGUGGGAAGGCUGGCUGGUUGGGCUACGGGCUGCAGCUGAAUACGAUCAAGAAACGGACCGGCCACGCUUCACGUCGAUGUACUGACUCGUGUCUGAUGAGCUGUACAGAUGGGAUGCACAUGAGAUUGGAUGGCUCAUUGCUGGUGUAGCCGCUGCGGUCGUACGUAACUCACUCCUCGAUCGGACCCGGCGCGCAGGCGGCGUCACGGGAGGCUGAGAACAGGAAAGCGAUCAUGGGAAGACCAGCAUGCUAAUGGUACCUACCCCUCGAUUCUGAUCACGCAGUCAACGGUCGUCACGUUGAUCAGCGUCUUCUUUCACGCGAGGAACUACUACGUACGUGCACUUCGCCCAGUCCAGCCUCCAGCGACUCUCACUGCGAAUCUCGGCCGCACGAGCAUCAGUAGCCGAGACGAGGGCGGCACUCCACAGCGAUACAUGCUGACCGGCCCUUCUUUCAUCCCACCAGGUCCCAAGGGAACAACGUCAAAUCAUCCGUAUUCUCUUCAUGCCCGCCGUUUACAGUAUCAUCUCUUUCUGCUCUUACCGAUGGUCGGUUCAUCCUCCGUGCAUACUAAGGGCACUGGUUUAUGUAUGAUUCUCACGCCGAGCUCCUGCUUCACAGGUUCCGCGACUAUACUUACUACCAAUUGAUUGUCGUCAUCUACGAGUCCAUUGUCGUAUGUUCAUGGCAUCUGAAACAGAAUCCACGCGAAGAGGACAUGUGCUGACGGCCUACGAUCGAAACUCCAUUUGCAGCUGGCCGCGUUCUUGAUGCUCUUGCUCCAAUACAUCGGCGACAGUACGGACGAGCAAAGGGAAGCUUUACUCGAGAAGGAAAAGAAAAAACUCGUGAGUGAGAUGGAUACCGAUCCGACGUCUUGUCAGGGUGUCGUAGCUGACAUCGCUGUUCGUAUCAUUGUGUGAACAGAUGGUCCCCUUUUGUUGCUGGCGUUACCGCCCUUCGAAGCCUUACUUCUUGCACGCGCUCAAGUGGUCGGUGCUACAAUGCGAGUCGCGGCAAUUCUUUCAGGACGAGAUUUUGAAGUAGUUCUGACCCUGGGAGACGUUCCGCGUGCUUGCAGACUCCAUUUUCCGACCCAUCAUCUCGAUUACGGGCAUCAUCUGUCAAGGUCGGUCUCCUGAUCGAAACCAAUUGCUGCGCCGAAGCUAACAUCUGCUUCAUCGCGCUGUAGCUCUUUCGGUGCUCUGUCCGACACAAUAUUCCAUUUACUAUGCCUCAGUGUACCUCGAUAGUACGUCAUCCAACUUUCUAGGUACUUAUUGCAAAACUUAUUGCAAGACGAUGCUGAUCCUCACGUACUUGCAGGUUUCGACUUUAUAUCCAUCUCGUACGUUGGUAACCCCUCCUUCUCUCUCCUCCUUUCUCUCUCUCCUCACACAGUGUCAGCGUAACUGACCUUGUCUCUUGUCAUCGUGCAGCGUGGCUUUAUACGGCUUAAUCCUUUUCUACGGCCUAGUCAAGGAGCGCCUAGCAGGCAAAAAACCGCUCGCCAAGUUCUUGGCCAUCAAGGGCAUCGUCAUGAGUGAGUCACGCUCUCGUAUCUAGCCCAGCGUUCCCCGCUAGCCCAGCACUCCCCGCUAACGACGGAUGGAUUUUUCGCACAGUUACCUUUUACCAAGUGUUCAUCUUCUCCGUCUUGCAAAGUCAUGGCGUGAUCAAGGCAACAGAGUACUGGACUGCUGCGAACGUUGCUGAUGGGUUGGCUGCGCUUUGUACCUGCUGCGAGGUGGGUUCAACGUCUUCCCAGAUAUCGGUACUUGUCUCCCUCGGUGCUGAGUUGUGUGUGUCCUCUACAGAUGGUGAUCUUCUCCGCCGUCUUCCUCUGGGCGUUUUCAUGGAAGCCUUACAAGGAAGCUCGCGCGCCGGGUCAACCCCACACUUCCGUCUUCAAGGCCUUACUACAUUCGUUCAACUAUGGUGAAUUCAAUUCUGGCCUCACUGCUUCACGUUCCACGUCAAGGAAGCACCACCCCCCUGACCCCUCCACAAUCUACGUCCACUUCAACAGCCGAUUUUUUCCGAGCCGGAUGGCACGGCAUCGUAUUCACGAUCGACUUCAUCCUCGGACGACCAGGUACCCGAUCGUCUUCGAUAGGGAAGAAGGAGAAACCCGGUUUCGAUAUCGAUAAUGCGUUCCAGGCUUCUUCCAAGAGGACUCGUGGUACGGAUGGUGCGAGUCGAAGCGGGAGGGACGAUGGGUCGCAUUCGAUGUCGAUGGGGGAGAAGGGUGUUGAGAAUAUGCCUUUCGUGUCGGCGGAGAACAGGGAAGGGGCUUAUGGAAACGAGGCGGCUUAUAGGGAAAGUGAUCAUCACGUCGUUCCGAUGCGACAGGAUUCGCUCCCUCCUUCGGCGGGACAACGGGGUGGGAGAACGGUGCGCAAGACGACUUUACCGCUUAGUCCCGCAUCGCAACAACAUCAACAGCAGCAAAAUCCGAAUCAGGCUGGAUUGAACCAGAGGGGUUACGUCGAGUAUCAGCAGGCGGAUAGGGAUCAGUAUGGUGUGGCUUUAUGA